CCCAGCACCCAGAACCACACAAACCUUUCGCCUCCCCUCCCAAUCCCCCAAGCCACUACUUCCCUCCCCCUCAGCAGAAGGAGGGAAACUAAAUUAACAUUUCGUCCCAGAAGAAAAAAAAAAAAGCCCGCUGGCGUUGGGUCUCAAGCCAGCUGAUUAGCUGCCUGCCAGGAAGGCAGUGCCAUUUGGGGGCGAGCGGGAGCUGAGGGGCCAGGGGUCCCAGAGCCUCACUCUCAAUUGCUGCAGCUUCAGGAGAAAAGAGGAGCUACAAGCCCUUGAAACAGGUCUCAUAAACUGCCAGCCUGGGCUCCAGCUGCUGGGGUUGGGGGGGCAGGAAGGGGAGAUAUCCUGUGGCGCCCCCAGGAUGCAAAUGCAAAAUUCAAAGAUGAACGGAGCCCGCCCCGCAGAGGGGGCAACAAGGACAGUGGGGGUCCAGCUCAGGGGAGGAAGCCCACCCAGUUCCUGAAUGUGAGUGACACCCCCACCCCCACCCCUAGUCCUAGCUCCUCAGCUCGCCUCCUAGCUGUUAAGUGUAAGCCAGCGACCGGCCCCCAGGAUGGAAAUGCAAGAACUUAAGAUGAAUGGAGCGCACCCCGUAGUAGUCGGGGCAACAGAGACAGUGGGGCAGCAACAGGAGAGAUUCUUGCCCAGUCAGGGUCCUGCUCAGGGGAGGAAGCCCACCCAGUUCAUGGACUUUGAGGGAAAGACUUCAUUUGGAAUGUCGGUGUUUAACCUCAGCAAUGCCAUCAUGGGCAGCGGCAUCCUGGGACUGUCCUAUGCCAUGGCCCAUACCGGGGUCCUUUUCUUCUGGGCCCUGCUGCUGUGCAUCGCGCUCCUGUCUUCCUACUCCAUCCACCUCCUGCUCACCUGUGCCGGUGUCAUCGGCAUCCGAGCAUAUGAGCAGCUGGGACAGAAGGCACUGGGCCCUGUGGGGAAGGUAGUGGUGGCCAUGGUCAUCUGCCUACACAACCUUGGAGCCAUGUCCAGUUACCUGUUCAUCAUCAAAUCUGAGCUUCCCCUGGUGAUUGGAAACUUCAUGGACAAGAAUCCCAAGGAAAGCCUCGUCGUCAUCACUGUCAGUGUGCUGAUCAUCCUGCCACUGACCCUCAUGAGACACUUGGGCUACCUGGGGUAUACCAGUGGUCUCUCUCUGACCUGCAUGCUGUUUUUCCUCAUUUCGGUCAUCUAUAAGAAGUUCCAGCUGGGCUGUCCUAUCAGCUGCAACGAGACAAUGAUAGAGAACAUGAGCCACUUGUACGACCAGGGGCUCAACAGCAGCUGUGAGGCCCACUUGUUCACAGCUGACUCGGAGACGUUCUACACAUUGCCCAUCAUAGCCUUUGCCUUCGUCUGCCACCCUGAGGUCCUGCCCAUCUACACGGAGCUUUGUCGGCCCUCUAAGCGUAAAAUGCAGGCUGUGGCCAACUUGUCCAUCGGCGCCAUGUUCUGCAUGUAUGGGCUCACCGCGACCUUUGGCUAUCUUACCUUCUACAGUACUGUGGAAGCAGAGAUGCUGCAUAUGUACAGUCAAAAGGACUAUCUCAUCCUUUGCGUGCGUCUGGCCGUGCUACUUGCUGUGACUCUGACUGUGCCAGUCGUGCUGUUCCCUAUCCGACGGGCCCUGCAGCAACUGCUCUUCCCAAGCAAGGCCUUCAGCUGGCCCCGGCAUGUGGCUAUAGCCCUGAUCAUCCUUAUCUUGGUCAAUGUCCUGGUCAUCUGUGUGCCAAACAUCCAGGAUAUCUUUGGAGUUAUUGGGUCCACCUCGGCUCCCACCCUCAUCUUCAUUCUCCCUAGUGUUUUCUACCUCCUCAUUGUACCCUCCGAGGUAGAACCGCUGCACUCCUGGACCAAGAUCCGGGUUUUGUGUUUUGGUGUCCUGGGGAUCGUCUUCAUGGUGGUCAAUCUGAGCUUCAUGUUUGCCAACUGGGCCACAGGCCAGAGUAGCGUGUCUGGACACUGACAGGCACCGAGGGGCACAUGUGCCAGAAGGCAGGGCCUCUCUCCCGGAUCCUGCCUACCAGGUGCAUGGAGCUACCUGUUGCCCCUUAACCUGGCUGGUGGAGGGAAGGGGCAACAGAAAGGUCUGCUUCCCUCCUCCCCAGAGCUGCUGAGCUUGUGUCCUGGCCCCUAACCCUGACCCCAUGGGAGAAGGAGGAGGGCAGGACCCAGGGGAGCUACUCUCAGCCCAGUCUUCUCUGGCUUCUCUUGGUGGGAAGUUUUGGUCAUGUUUGCCCUUGAAAAAACUCUAAGGGAAGAAUAAAAAUGCCAAACUGCAA